GUGUUCUAUUUUGAACAAUCUAUGUCAUUUGUAUUUUGAGCAUCUUAAGUAUCUUGCCUUGAAACGAUGACUUUAUUUAUUUAUAACAAGCUAACAUAAAUUGUAGCAAAGGUCACAAACUAGUUUUAAUUCACUCCUUGUGCACAGCGCACGUGAUCAAAAAUAUUAGGCAACAAUAAAAUUAAAUAAAUAAAUAUAUUACCUAUAAAAAAAACUAUUAAUAUAAAAAUGUUAAUAUAAUAAAAGUUGUAUUUUAUAUUUAUUUUCGCUGUUUUUAAAGCAUGAAUAACGUUUUUAAUAAAAGAAAAAUGUUAAAAAUAAUAUAUUUGUCCGUACUUUUUACGUCUGUAUUGGCAAUACAAUAUUCCAAAUUCGACCAAGGCAUUUCUAAUGGAUUUCUUUCAGACUGUCCUGGAUCGACAAAGCCUGCCACCAUCAAGCCAAAAUCCUUGGAACAACUAAAACUAGCCGUCUUAGGACCAGGCAAUGUACUACUGGCACAAUGGACUGAAUACAAUUACUACCAAAUGAAGAAACUUGCCAAAAAUCCUGAAAUAGACUUCACGAAGAAGACGGUUAUGUACAUACCUGGAUAUUUUGAAACGAAUGUACUUCCUGGUCCAAGAACAAUUGGAAGUUUAUACAAGGAAUUGGGAUACAACGUGCUUAUUCUGGACUACUUUUAUUUCACCAUCAACCAUUUCCCAUUGGCAGCACGUAUGGUUCGGCCAGUAGGCAAACAUGUAGCCGAAAUGCUAGCUAAUCUAACAACGCACGGGUUAGAUCCAAAAAAACUAGAGCUAGUUACCUUCAGUCUCGGCGGCCAUACCGCAGGCUUCGCAGCCAAAAAUUACCGUCAACUGACCGGCAAAAACAUUUCGGCUAUCACCGCUUUAGAACCAUCCGGACCAUGUUUCAGACACCUCGGGCCAGACCAGAGACUAGACCCAUCUGAUGCCGAUUUCGUCUUUACUGUACAUUCAAAUAUAGAUGCUUAUGGCAUUGCGACUCCUCUUGGACAUGUGUCAAUCUUUAUCAACGGGGGCGAAUACCAACCUAAUGAUGUUUGGAGUGUACCUUGCCUUAUAUUUUGUAGCCAUUCGAAAACUUACUUCUUGUGGAUAUCAGCACUUAUGAAUCCUGGUAUUUUUGUGGCGAUGCAAUGUGAUUCUGUCCAGCAGGCGAGAGACGGAGAUUGCUAUGAGAGGGAGCCUAAAAUAUCGAAUACAAUGGAUAUAUUUGUUGAUAAAAGUAAACCAGGUAUAUAUUAUCUUCCUACAUUUAACCGAUAUCCGUACGGGCUGGGAACCAAAGGUUUAAAGAGGGAAGAAAACCAGUACGUGAGGCAUUUGAAUUGGCUCAAUGCUAAGGAAGUCCUAACGAUGUAGGGGAGAUAAGGACAAUCGCGGGCGGCGUGCAAUGGCAAAAUUGCCAGAUUAAGUUUAAUUAGGAAAAUAUGAGAAGCAUUUCUAAUGAGGAAGUUACGAGAUACUCGAAUUGUGAGGGCUUUAAGUACCAUACUCACCCAUAGCCCUCAUAUAUACAUAUCGCUGGAGUAAUUUAUUACAAAAAUAUUUUCUUAUAACAGUCGUAGGUAUUCUUGUGUCAAAACAAAACCAAAUGUAAUGUGUUACUGAGUGGUAAGCUUGUAUUAUUUGUAACUUAUCUGUAACCAAUUUCAAUGUGAUUAUGCAAUAAUUAUCUUUUAGCAAAUUGAAUAUUAAUUUAUUUUA